GGAUAGACAACAGAUCCCUUCCCGCUUUUUAGAAAACCCUAAGCAGCCUUCCCCUUAUCCAUCUUGAUCCUCCUAGCAGCCGCCGUUGUUGAUUCCUCUCACUCAUACACACUACUCCCUUUCACACACGCUUAGGCCUCUAGUAAUAGCUUGAAAUCACAGAGUUCAGAUCUGAAAUUCAAGGUUACAAAGUUGGGUUCAAUUUCAAUUCGUUUUUUACAUUUUUUGGGGAAUUUCAGAGUUUAGUGAAGCUAUAGAGCUUGUUUCGAAUCUGGAAGAAAGAGAAAUACACGGAUUCCUGCAUCUUUGAAUACAAAAAAAUCUCAUACAAAAAAUAGGAAAAAUCAAGAGCAAAACUGUUUGAAGUUGCCAUUGCCUUGUUUUCUCAUUUUUCUGGGAUUCUGAAGUUUGUGCCGAUUAUAUGUUGUUGCAUCUGUUGUAUCUACUUUGCCGAGCUCUUCGGACUGAUUUGCUACCCUUAUUUGGCUCAUAUUAACAUCUUCCUUGCUCAAGUAGUUACUGUCUUAAUAGAAUCAACUGUGGAGAACCGCUAAAUGGAAGAAUCCAAAGAGGAAGCGAAGUCUUUCAAAGAAUUGGGAGUUUCUGAUCAACUGAUUGAGGCUUGUGAUAAUUUGGGUUGGAAAACUCCUUCUAAAAUACAAGCUGAAGCUAUUCCUCAUGCCUUUGAAGGCAAAGACUUAAUUGGUCUGGCUCAAACGGGUUCUGGAAAGACUGGAGCUUUUGCAAUUCCUAUACUGCAGGCCCUAUUAGAUUCUCCGCAUGCCUUUUAUGCCUGCGUUCUCUCUCCAACGAGAGAGCUCGCGAUUCAAAUUGCUGAACAAUUUGAAGCUUUAGGAUCCGGUGUUGGAGUAAAAUGCGCAGUGCUGGUUGGUGGGAUAGGUCCAGUACAGCAGAGCAUCGCCCUUGGGAAACGGCCUCACAUUGUUGUGGCAACACCUGGUCGGCUACUGGAUCAUCUUGCCAAUACUAAAGGGUUUUCUCUUCGUACGAUAAAGUACUUGGUAUUGGAUGAGGCAGACAGGCUGCUAGAUGAGGAAUUUGAAAAGGCCCUUGAUAAGAUUUUGCAUGCGAUCCCUCAUGAUCGAAGGACUUACCUAUUUUCUGCUACAAUGUCCAACAAAGUAAAGAAACUUCAGAGGGCUUGUUUGAGAAAUCCUGUUAAGAUUGAAGCUGCAUCUAAAUAUUCCACUGUUGGUACACUGAAGCAGCAAUUUCGUUUUCUUCCUGCUAAGUAUAAGGACUGCUAUCUUGUCUAUAUUCUGUCUGAGAAGUCUGGCAGUACAUCAAUGGUUUUCACUCGUACAUGUGAUGCAACUCGUCUACUGGCUCUAAUGCUUCGAAAUCUUGGCUUGAGAGCUAUACCAAUUAGUGGUCAGAUGACUCAGGAAAAUAGGUUUGGAGCUCUAAACAAAUUUAAGGCUGGAGAGUGCAAUAUCCUUAUCUGCACUGAUGUAGCCAGUCGAGGAAUUGAUAUCCCAUCUGUUGAUAUGGUUAUCAACUAUGAUAUUCCAACAAACUCUAAGGAUUAUAUACAUAGGGUGGGAAGAACUGCACGAGCAGGGCGUUCUGGGGUUGCUAUAUCAUUAGUGAAUCAGUAUGAGGUGGAGUGGUAUAUACAGAUAGAAAAGCUUAUUGCGAAAAAACUAGCUGAGUAUCCUGCGAACGAAGAGGAGGUUUUGCUACUCUUGGAGCGUGUAACAGAAGCCAAGAGGAUCUCACAGAUGAAAAUCAAAGAAAGUGGUGGCAAAAGGAAACACAGAGGCGGAGAUGCUGCUGACGAGGAGAUUGACAGAUACUUGGGAGUUAAGAAGGGGAAACUAUCAGUAAAGCUAUCAAAGAAGCCAAAGAGAAUAUAUGAUUAACCUAUAUUAGUCCAAUUUUGACUUAAAUGAGGAAUAUAUAAUUAAUCCUAAUGUGUGCGCACUCCAAAAUUUGGAUAAUAGUGAAUGAUCGUUUGGCAAUGUGACAUUUCAAUUUCCUCUAGACGUUUAAAUCGGAUGUCAGUGAGAUUUACUGCAUGUUUGAUCUGAGAUAUUUUUUAUGAACCAAUUUGUUCUCUAA